GCUAAUGAAGUUGCAGCCGAGCUGAGCCUCAGUUGCCUGGCGACUAGCGAACAGCUUGGACGUGUGGUGUGCUCUUCGGUGUGGUUUCGAGUCUCGAUUUCCGAGUUUCCCCAUAUUGCAGCCGUCAAAUCCGGAAAUUUUGGAAAAUGCUGCUCCCAAUGCAAAUGUGGCGCUCUCUGUGGCUGGCGGCCUUUUUCUGCGGAUUAGCCCAUGCCAAAGGUUCCCACAAGGUGCACUGUUCGGAGGAUCAGAUGAGGGUAGACAUCGGGCUACCGGAUGCGGAAUCGAAGGAUCAGAGUGCUCCUCAGAUCUAUUUGGAGGGAUUGAAGGGAUAUCCGGAUGAGCGAUGCCAGCCGCAAAUCGAUGGAUCGCUAGCCGUUUUUCGGCUUUCCCUCAGUGACUUUUACGAGUGCGGAGUAACGAGGAUGGUCAACCAGCUAACGGGCAAAAAGGUGUAUUACCAUAAAAUCAUCAUCGAGUCAGCCAGCAGCAAGGAGAUUGUCAGCGUUAAGUGCAUCACCACCGCCAGUCCCGCCUAUAAUGUGAUGAUGAAUGCCACCACCGGGUCCAGUUCCACGUCCAGUGGCGGCGGCAUCCACGGCCUGGUCAAGCGGGAUGUGCUGCCGGCGGGAUUCCAGGAACCCGAGGAUCUGGAGAUCACCACGUCGCUGACCAAGCGGGCACCAGAGCCACGACUCUCAAUUGGCGUCAGCCAGGAUGGUCAGAAGUUCACCAGGGAUUUGACAGUAAAGUCGGGCACACCUUUGACAAUGGAAAUCAAUCUGGAUGAGGACUCUGCACCUGUUUAUGGUCUGGGUGUGAACUACUUGGAUGUGACGGACACGCAUACCUCUUCGGAAACGCUGAUCUUCAAGGGCUGCACAGUGGAUCCGUACCUCUUCGAGAACUUCAACACCAUUGACGGCGACAUUUUAAGCGCCAAGUUCAAGGCCUUCAAGUUCCCCGACUCGUCGUACGUGCAAUUCCGUGCCACGGUCAACGUGUGUCUGGACAAGUGCCUCGGUACCCAGUGCUCCAACAACCAGGUGGGCUUCGGUCGGCGCAAGCGGGAGAUCAGCUCGGCGAACAAGGUCUACGAGAUCUCGUUGGCCAUGUUCCUGCAGGUCCAGGAUAUCGAAGGUGUCAACAAGAAUGAGGUCCUGCAGCUGGAGGAGAAGCUCAGGGAGCUGAAGCUGGCCAACCAACGCCUGGCCAGGAAUAGCCGCGGCAACUUUGCCAUGGAGCAGACGCUCGCCAGUGCCCAGCCCGCCUUUGUGGUGGACGAGCGGGAGCUGGGACACCUCAGUUCCGGAUCGGGAACGGGAGCCGCAUCGAACGGCCUGUCGCUGACUCUGUGGACGAUUCUGGGGGCACUGAGUUGGCGGCUGAUGUAGAAGUUGUAAAUCUCUUAAGGCGUGAACGACGUGCGAGUGCGAGGAAUGCUAAUCAGGGCGGAAUUGCGUGCAGUGGCAAUGAACGAAGGAGGGAAUAUUAAUGUACUACCUAACUACUAAAAUAUACCUAUACUUGAUGUAA